UGUAACACUAAUGAUGUAUUCACCGCUAAACUAGAAACUCUUCUUCCUUCACAAGGCACCUACUCUUUAAUGACCCUUUUAAAUAUUAAAGAAAAUCAUGCUAAAAUGGAUGCUAAUUUAGUAGCUGUUAAAAAAGCAAUGAAAUCCGAUGCCGAUUGGACCAUCGACCAAGCAUCAUUAGAAACCGUUUACCCACAUGUUUCUGCCGAUUUAAAAAAUAGUUUUGGUCAUAUUUUUGCAGGUGUUGUCGAAAAAGUUACAGCCAAUCUUGCUAAACUUUGUGCUGAUGAAAUGGUAUUAGAAGCUGUUCAAGAAGCCACCUCAAAUCGUACUAUUGUUAUUAAACACAAUGCCACACAAAACGGGUAUUGGUUAUGGUCAUUCGAAAACGGUAAUUUAGUUAUUUCAUUCAAAUCCAUUACCAAUACCAACGAUGUUCAAACUUUCGAUUUCAUAAAAUUUUUAUAA